AUGGCCUCACAAUCCGCCGACCCGCAAACCAACGGCGUCCCCUCGGGCGCCUCAGCCUCCCAGACCGCACCAAACACCCAAGCAACGGCAGCGACAUCAACAGCAGGCUCCCAGCCCCCCUCCCAAACCCAACCAACACAGUCCUCAUCCACCCAACAACAACCCUCACUGUCAUCACAACAGAAUGCGCAGCAGCAGCAGCAGCAGCAGGGCAACGCGGCGCAACAACAACAACAAUCAACGCCCCUAGCACCCAACGCCUCGGCCCCGCGGCCCCGCGACUCCCGCAUGAUAGAGCUCCUCCUCACAUCGCAAGGCGUAACCUCGUACGAGUCCCGUGUGCCCCUCCUCCUCCUCGACUUCGCCUACCGCCACACCUCCAGCAUCCUCUCCGACGCAAUCUACCUCUCAGCGGACCCCUACACCUCGCAAGCUGGCAGCAAGGCAUCGGCCUCGGGCGGCGCGGGAGCGGGCUCGAUCCCCGGCGCGGCGGGCGACGCUGCCGUCUCAGCCAACGCCGUAAAGCUCGCCAUCGCCGCGCGGCUGGGAUACCAGUUCCGUGGGGGCGGCGGCGCGGGCGGCGUCAGCAAAGAUUGGCUGCAGGAGCUGGCGCGCGAGCGCAACAAGACGGCGCUACCCAAGGUUGCGCAGAACGAAUGGGGUCUCAGGUUGCCUAGCGAGCGCUUCGUUCUCAGCGGCGUUAGCUGGGGUUUGAAGGACGUAUGGGAGGAAGCUGGCAUCGACGAAGAUGAAGGUGAGGAUGACGAGGACGAUGCGCCCGGCGGCGGCGACGGGGCAAUGGAGGGCGUGGAGGCGACGAAUGCGACGGCGGAUGAAGAUAUUGGGGGUGAUGGCGUCGAAGGUGGUACGAUGGAGGAUGUGUUUGGGAAGGACGUAGAUGAGGACGCAGAGAUGGAGGGCACGUCUUAG